GUAUUUUACAAACUGGGGAAGUAGCUGCAGCAGAAGCUGAGAAAAUCAGGGGAAAAGCGAAGAAAGCGGGGACGACCGUGAGGGGUUCCGGGAAGCCGUCAUGACCACCCUCCAAGCCAUGAAGGAUCCCCUCCUCCAGGGAGUGUCUCCCACCCCUAGCAAGAUUCCGGUACGCUCUCGGAGACGCCCGCUUUUCCCCACAGUCAGACCGUGUGCCCUGGACCAGGAGAACCAAGAUCCAAAGAGAUGGGUGCAGAAGCCAACGCUCAGUAUUCAACGGCCCCUCGUUGACUCAGCAGGCCCCAGGCCGAAAGGCACACACCAAACAGAGACAUCACAAAGAUUGGAGGGGAUCACUCAGCUCCGGAACCCCCUGGAGGAGCUCAGGCCUAACCCUGGGGAUCAUAAUGUGGGGCCUGGGCCCCCUCCCCAGACAGAGGCUCCCGGGGCCAUAGACUUUGUGGCUGACCCUGCAGCUCUGGCCACCAUCCUGUCAGGUGAAGGGGUGAAGAGCUGUCAACUGAGGUGCCGGCCCAGUCUGGCUCAGAGAGUACUGGUUCGAGGGAGUCAGGGAGGCGCCAUCCGGAGGGGCCAGGGUGCUCGGGCCUCUGCAUAUUUGGCCGCCAGAACCCCCACCCACCAACUGGACCCUGCCAGGGCUUCUUGCUUCUCAAGGCUGGAGGGACCAGGACCUCGAGGCCGGACUUUGUGCCCCCAGAGGCUAGAGGCUCUGAUUUCACCUUCAGGAUCUUCCUUUCACCCCUCCACUCGCCCCACUUUCCAGGAGCUAAGAAGAGAGAGAGGUGGCAACAGCCGGACUUCAGUGAGUGAAGCCUCAGGAUUGCUCCCGAAGACCCCAGUCCAGCCUGCUUCCUCUUUCCCUAAAGGAGAACAUGAGGUUGUCACUCACUCAGAUGAAGGAAGAGUGGCCUCCCUUGGUCUGGCCCAGCGAGUACCAUUAAGAGAAACCCGAAAGAUAACACACACCAAGGACAUCUGUGACUCCCAUCUGAUGCCUUCCCUUUCCCCUGUGGCCCAGCCCAUGCCUGGUCAUGAAGUGCCACCUUCUGUUACCCGUCCAUCACCCUUUGGACGGGCUCAGCGUGUAACCUCCCCUGGCUUCUCAGCUCUGAACUCAUAUUCAGUGUUGCGGCGUCUUGCUGUUCGGCCCAAAACCCGGUUCACACCCAUGCUAUCAGCCCCAAGAGUUCAUCAGGCCCGAUGGUUGAGUGGCCUCUCCCCUCAGUCCUGCCCUGAAGAGCCUGCUCUGCCCUGGGAGCAGAUUGCAGUGCGGUUGUUUGACCAGGAGAGUUGUAUAAAGUCGCUGGAGGGACCUGCAAAGCCACCUGUGGCCCCCCCUUCUGGACCCCACCCCGGUAGAACUCCCAGCCUCCAGGAGCUGAAGAUGCAGCGCAUCGGUAUCCUGCAGCAGCUGUUGAGACAAGAGGUGGAGGGGCUGGCAGGGGGCCAAUGUGCCCUCCUUAAUGGAGAUACCCCUCUGGAUAUGGUGGAACUUCAGUCCCUGCUGAUGGAGAUAUCUAGAACUGUGAAUGCCCCAGAAUGUAAUUCUGGGACUUCCCACCUUCCUGGACUGUUACAACACCCUGGGCAGCCAAAGCCCUGCCUUCCAGAAGAGUGUGGGGAACCACAGCCCUGCUCUCCAGCACAGCUAGGGCCCCUAGAGUCCUACUGUAGGACUGAGCCUGAGAUCCCAGAGCCCUCUGCCCAGGAACAGCUUGAAGUAUCAGGGCCCUGCCCUCUCGCAGAGCCUGGACCCCUCCAGCCCAGCCCCCAGGGGCAGGCUGGACCCUCAGAGCCCUGCCCUGGGAUAGAGCCUGGGACAUCAGAGGCCUGCUUCCUGGGUCCUAGACGUCCGGAGUCCAGCCCACCAUCCUGCUGCAGUCAGGGGGCUCCGGCGACCACCAGCCUGAUCUUCUCUUCCCAACACCCACUUUGUGCCAGCCCCCCUAUCCGCUCACUCCAGUCUCUGAGGCCCCCAACAGGCCAGGCAGGCCCCAGCAGUCUGGCCCCUCGAACCCUGGCCCUGAGGCAGCGCCUCAAAUCAUGUCUAACCGCCAUCCACUGCUUCCACGAGGCUCGUCUGGAUGAUGAGUGCGCCUUUUACACCAGCCGAGCCCCCGCCUCAGGCCCCACCCGGGUCUGCACCAACCCUGUGGCCACGUUACUUGAAUGGCAGGAUGCCCUGUGUUUUGUUCCAGUCGGUUCUGCUGCCUCUCGGGGCUCUCCAUCAUGA